AUGGCGACUUCGUCUCACCCCAUCCCGACCUCCGCUCGACGGUCGAUCCACAUCCGAGCGUCGGCUUCUGGUUCGGGUGACCAGCUGGCCAGGUCUGGUUCGGGAGGCUUCGUUGUAGGAACACGGGCGUAUUAUCACUCGUCAUCGUUUAAUGAUGGUGGGAAUAACGGCCGGUUGCAGCGGGUGGCGCGUGUGGUGGGCGUGGUUGUUGUUUUCCUCGCCCUGAUCGCCACUGCGCAACAGAUUCUCCUCUACCUCUCUCCGCCCGACGCUGACGUGGCACAACCCAACAACGAUUCGAACGAUCGGCCUGGCCAAGGAGAAUUAACGGAUGGAGCAUCAGUUGUUGAUGCCGCCGCAGCUAUUGGGACAGCAUGGGGUGCUGACGGUGCAGCUGCCACGUCAUCUACCCCACGUGGCACCGUGUGGCACAGAGGAGCGCCGUGGCAAGGCCACGUGGGAUCAUGGUUGAAGAGCGUGCCGCCCAGUGCGUUGACUGUCACUGUUCACGAGCCUGCCUUUGGUCGCACGUGCCCUGGGGACUGCAGCGGCAAUGGCAUGUGCAAUGCAGAGUUUGGGGAGUGCAGGUGCCGCCACGGGUACACUGGCCCCGACUGCUCUCAGGAGGAGGACUACCCCUGCAACCUGCCGGCAACCCCUGAGUUCCCCCUGGGGCCUUGGAUAGUGUCCAUAUGUGCUGGCCACUGUGACCUACGCCGCUCCCAGUGCCGAUGCGGGCCCAACACCAGCUACCCUGACCGCCCUGUCGUCGCGCCUUGCGGUUUCCCCAAGGCCCCUGAUGGUAUCAUUCUUUACCACAAACCGGACGUUACCCCCAUUUACGGACCCCAAGCCAUCGCCACCACCACCAGCAAUGACGACAGCAGCGACGGCAGCAGCGGUGGCAGCACCAGCGACAGCAACAGUGACGGGGGCAACAGCAGCACCAGCAGCAGUGGCAGCAAUGCCAUCAAUGAUAGGCGUGUAGCAUGGUGUGAAGCGCACCCCACGCAGAUAGCAGCGGCUGAGUGUUUUUGCAACUAUGACGGGCAGAUAGGGCGUCUGUGUGAGACGACGGUCGAGAGCUUCUGCAUCAACCAGUGCUCGCGCGCCGGCACGUGCAUCAUGGGGUACUGCGCGUGCGAGGGUGAUCGCUACGGCAUUGACUGCAGCAUCCCCUCCGUGCGCUCACCUCCCAACCUCUACCCCCCCGAGUGGCUGCGCAUACCCCUGCCCCACCAACCCGACUCCGAUUCCUCCUCCGAUUACCCUGAUCAGACCCCUGGCUCUGGCCCUGAUUCCCUUGGCUCAUCUACGGUGUUUGAGGGGUUUCUGGGCAGCCCCCACCGCACGCUGGACGGCGACAGUGCGGAUUUCUUCUACGUGCCCCUCCUGGGCGCCUGCAUCAUCGCCCGCGCUGACGACUCGCCCCGAUUCCGCAUGGAGGGUCAAUUCAGGGCGCGGCGGCCCAACCUAGUAGCAGACUUCUACCUCCGUGCCCUCGCCCAUAUCCGCACGCACCACCCCUUCUGGGACCGGCACGGAGGCAAGGACCACAUUUGGAUGUUCGCAUGGGAUGAAGGCGCGUGCUAUGCCCCCCAGGCCAUCUGGAGCAGCAUCAUGCUGGCACAUUGGGGGAAUACAGGCACCACGCACAAGGGGUGUACGACCGCGUAUUACCACGAUGAUUGGAGUGUAAUGGAGGAGAGCGUGAGGGGAGACCACCCGUGCUUUGAUCCGGACAAGGAUGUGGUGAUGCCGGCUUGGAAAGUUCCUGGCGUGUGGGCGCUGGCACAGAAGAUCAAAUCUCCCACACUGGAGACCCGACCCACGCUCUUCUAUUUCAAUGGCAACCUCGGCAGUGCGUUCGAGCACGGACGCGUGGAGCCCAAGUACAGCAUGGGCAUCAGGCAGAAGGUGGCAGAGGAAUUCGCGUCGUCUCCCAACAAGGAGGGCCAGCUGGGGCGGCAGCACCAGGAGGACGUUGUGGUUACCAACAAGUUCUCUGGGGAGUAUGGCAAGCAGCUCUCUUCCUCCCGCUUCUGCGGGGUGUUCCCAGGGGACGGCUUCAGUGCGCGCAUGGAGGAUGCGAUGCUGCACGGGUGCAUCCCUGUCAUCGUGCAGGACGGCAUUUGGAUGGCGUUUGAGCGCCACCUCAACUACUCGGAGUUUGCCGUGAGGAUGGCUGAGGAUGAUAUCCCCCACCUGGUGGACAUUCUACGGGCCAUCCCCCCCAACCGCGUGCAGGAGCUGUUGUCAGGGGUGGAGUCGGUGUGGCAGCGGUGGGCAUAUGCGAGUGUGGCAAGGAUGGAAGGCAGGAGGCAAGCGGACAGUGGCAGGCCGCAGCUGUGGAUGCAUGCCAUGGAGGAGAUGCGGGGGGACGAUGCCAUUGCCACGCUUCUACAGGUGUUGCUGUACAAGAGGUGUAACGACCCGUGGAGAAAGGAGGCUGGGCUGCCGGACUGGUGCAUGGCAAAAGCCGCUGGUAGAUAA